CCUACACGCUCUCUUUUUUCUGUCUUUUUUAUUCUAUCACUCCUCUGGUUAGUUUUCUAAUCGAACACAAUUCACAAAGUUGCCUUCUGCCUCCCUGUCAGGAAGCCUAAAUUGGACACUGUGCUAUAGGAGGGGACCAUUUUUUUUUUAAAGAGGAACCCCCUGCCACGAUCCAAAUCUGGAAUUCCCAAAGGAAGCAUUAUUCUUUUUUUUUUUUAUGUGCAUUUUGCAGGAAUAUUUUUUAUUUUUGUGGGGCAUACGGAAAGUUGGAUGUGGGUUGCCGAAGGAAAAGCGAGCAUACAGCUGCUGCCUGUGACUCAGUAACUUUGUGUGUGUAACAGUGGAGUAUAAGAGGAUACACUAUACAGCCAUGUAUGCGUCACCUUUAUGUCUGACACAGGAUGAAUUUCACCCUUUUAUUGAAGCCCUACUCCCUCAUGUACGAGCUUUUGCCUACACCUGGUUCAACCUUCAGGCACGAAAAAGAAAAUAUUUCAAGAAACAUGAGAAAAAAAUGACUAAAGAGGAAGAGCGAGGUGUAAAGGAUGAACUGUUGAAUGAGAAAGCAGAGGUUAAGCAGAAAUGGGCAUCACGUCUUUUAGCAAAGCUUCGCAAAGAUAUCAGGCCAGAGUUUCGGGAGGACUUUGUGCUAUCUAUUACUGGAAAGAAGGCAGCCAGUUGUGUCCUCUCAAACCCGGACCAGAAGGGCAAGAUGAGGAGAAUAGACUGCCUACGACAGGCAGAUAAGGUGUGGAGGUUGGAUCUUGUUAUGGUAAUCCUUUUCAAAGGCAUUCCAUUGGAGAGCACGGAUGGAGAGAGACUUGUGAAAGCAGUUCACUGCUCAAACCCCCAGUUGUGUGUGCAGCCACACCACAUUAGUGUCUCUGUAAAAGAACUAGACCUGUAUUUGGCUUACUUCAUUCGAGAGAGAGAUUCGGAACAGGAUAGCAGCCCUCGCACAGUUAUAGGCUCAGACCUGGAGGACACGAAACCAAUUAAUUUGGAUAUGACAGAUUUCCAAGAGAGUUUUGUCACUUCUGGUGUUUUCAGCGUGACAGAGUUGAUUCAAGUAUCUAGAACCCCAGUUGUGUCUGGCACAGGACCCAAUUUCUCUCUAGGAGAGCUACAGGGACACCUGGCAUAUGAUUUAAACCCAGCUGGAACUGGUAUGAGAAGGACCCUCCCAAGCACGUCAUCAAGCGGGAGUAAGAGGCACAAAUCUGGGUCUCUGGAGGAUGAUGUGGACACAAGUCCUGGAGGAGAGUUCUACACAUCUCCAUCUUCUCCAACUGGGAGCAGCCGAAACUGGACAGAGGACAUGGAGGGAGGAAUGUCUCCCACUGUGAAGAAGUCUGAAUUGGACAAAUCACCAUUUCACAGCCCAUCUCCUCAAGAUACUUCCCCAAGAAUCAGUGGCUUCACACAACAUCACAGGCCGGUCAUAGCUGUGCACAGUGGUCUUGCCCGAAGUCCCCACACUUCUACUACGUUACACUUCCCACCUUCCUCCCUCCUUCCCCAGGCUGCCUCCACUUACUUUCCACAUACAGCUAUUCGCUAUCCCCCUCACCUAAAUCCUCAGGAUCCCCUGAAAGACUUGGUGUCGCUUGCCUGUGACCCAUCCAAUCAACAACCAGGCCCGCUGAAUGGGAGUGGCCAGGUGAAGGUUUCGAGUCACUAUAUCUCCACGCAGAUGUUGGCCCCACCUCCUCCAGGGAUGCCCCGCCUGUCAUUGCCCUCCGACACCAAAUCUACCACAGCAUCCGACGGUGGUAACUCCUCACCCACUUCUCCAACAUAUUCUUCCCCUAGUACACCUCCAGCCAAUCGAUCCUUUGUAGGACUUGGACCCCGGGAUCCUGGGAGCAUAUAUCAGCCACAGUCAUGGUACUUGGGAUAGCAGCCUGGCCUACCUCCCAUCCACUGGAACCAGCAGACAUAAAACAAAGGUCUCUGCAAAGUUUCAUAUCCAGGACAACAGCUAAAAGUGUAUUUUUUAAAUAAAUAUUGUUCCCACAACAAAGCAAAUAAUAAAUCAGUGAUAUACUCCAGAGGUCAGUGGGAGAUGAACAAGUGAUAAUAUACUUUGAUGGUCUCAUGCAACAGGAUGUCUUAGAGCAUUUGCUCUUGCAUUAUGGAUUUUGAGAAAAUAUACAUGUAACGGUAUAUGAUUUAAUAUUCUUUUAAUCUUAACCAUUUAUAAAAGGGUUGACUAGCCAACCAGAAAGGAGCAGGAAGAACAAAGAUCUUCCUGUAUGGAUAUACUUUAUUAUUGUUGCUAUUAUGAAUUAUUAAUAAUAUUAUUAUGCAAUUGAUAUAACCUCAUUGUUUAUUUCCUAUGCUUCCUCGCUGAAAAGUUUAACUGUUCUUGGCUGAAGGACUUUGAUUUAUGACAGCUUGCCAUUUGAGGGAUAUACAAAAUUUUGUGGUAUGCAACCAGGUUUUGUUUGUAACGAAAGGGUGCCUAGAAAACUAGCUACAUACAUACAUACACAGUAACAUAGUACAUAAGGCCGAAAAAAGACAUUUGUCCAUCCAGUUCUGCCUGUCAUCCUGCAAGUUGAUUCAGAGGAAGGCAAAAAAAAAAUGAUUCUUGUCACAUCCAUCUAUGAUUGUAAACCAGUGUACCAAUGAUGUGUUUAAGGACCUGGCACACAGUCUGUGUUCUCAUCUCUACAUUGUGGAGAUAUAUAUAUAUAUAUAUAUAUAUAUAUAUAUAUAUAUAUAGAAAAGAAAAAUUAAGAAGCAGCACACAAUAUAGUUUGGG